ACCACCAGCACCACCAGCAGCGUGGGGGGCUCCUGCCGUGGAACGCCAACCACGCAGCAGGGCGCGGCGUCUCCGUCUCUGCCUCUCUCGCGGGCCCACUGGGGGCGUUGAGUAACGAUCGUGGAAGCGUGUGAGUCGGUAGCACGCUCAAUACGAUUACAUUUUUUAAAUAACAACAACAGCAAUAACAUUGACUGUUAAAAUAAUACAGAUUCAGGAUGUGAUUGGUUUUCUCCCGUCACUGAAGGUUUAAAACAUUUUUGACGUUUCGGGCAACGGGCCCUUUUUAAGGAAGAUCGUGGUUCGGAAAUUAGAACGUCUGAAUAAAUGAAAUUGAUUGAUAGGUGCGACUAUGCGUUUGCACCUUAACAUCGACCACUAAAUCGUAAGGCUCAAUCACAUACCUUCUAUUAAUUAGGGAUUCUAAUAAGACAAGCAGGCACCAUGAAUAUCUCGACAGAAAAUCUGGCAGUCGGAGCGAUGUUGGCCAUUCACACGUGCACGGCUCAUUUACCUGCGCUACCCCUUCCGGACCAGAGGGCUGCUAGCAAUUGCCCCGGGGCCAUGGUCAAUUGCCCUAGGGGCAGGGGGACGACACGAUCCGGCGAGCCGGCGAGAAAAAAUGAUGGAGAAGAGGCGGAGGGUGGUGGUGGUGAGGAGGAGGACGCUGCCGAUGAUGAUGAAGGCCAAGAGAAAUGGAAGGAGCGCGUGUACUGGUGCCUAGUCACUGCGUUCACAGCACCCAUGUACUCGGUCGUCUCGUCCCUGCUCACUCGCUCCGAGUUGACCGUGAGGGGUGAGCCCAGGGGACGACGUCAGGGCCACGCGCCCCUUCUCAAGAGGCUGGAGGUGGCGAUUGUCACGGACUUCGCCAACUCCGUGCAAAGGAUGCGCACGCGGGUAUUGGGGGGCUCGAUGCGCGAGAUGGGGGGCCCUCGAGAAGAGGGGGGCCGAGCGAUAGAUGCCGGUAGAUCGAAACCAGGAGCGGGAAUGGGAGCGGAGCAGGCGGCUGGGUCGAGGGUGCGACCAGGACCACAGCGCCCUGAACACCCCCAACACCCUGAACACACACCACCAAACACACCUGCACACCCUGAACACACACCCCCACACACACCCCCACACCCUGAACACACACCACCACACACACCCCCAGACCCUGAACACACACUCCCACACACACCCCCACACCCUGAACACACAUCCCCACACACACCCCCACACCUUGAACACACACCCCCACACAUACCUCCACACCCUGAACACACACUCCCACACACACACCCUGAACACACACCCCCAUACCCUGAACACACACCCCCACACACACCCCCACACACACCACCACACAUGGAACACACGCCCCCACACACACCCCCACACACACCCCCACAACCUGAACACGCACCCCUGCACACUAAACACACUCCCGCACACCCUGAACACUGUCACCCACAACACACACCGCCGCAGAUCAAACACACACCCCCACGCCCCAUACGCACACCAGCACACCACGCAGCCGCACACCCCGAACACACAGGCAGUGGCGACACGCAGCAGAACGAUGACGAGGCGGUUGAGGUGCACGUGGCGUCACUCGUCACACGGCAUGACGACGGUCAAGCGCGGCGAGCUGACACGAGGCAGGACGAGGUGGCCUCAUCACGACGGGGAGAAGGAGGAGGAGGAAGAGGAGACCAAGACGGAUCUUCCCGGGAAGGAGUGAAGCGAAACCUAAAGAGGCAGCCUCUCUCAGCGAAGAGGUAUCCCACUUCCUCUUCCAUGUCGUCAUCAUCAUCAUCAGCCUCGUGCAGAGUGUUGCAACCACCAAGCUGCGAUGGGUCGGCGAUGGUCUGCGAUGAGUCCGCCGUUGAUUGUAGCGAUUCCCUGAUGGUUGUGAACGAUCACGCAAAGGUGCAUGACGAUUCUGGAGAGGUCUGCAAUGGGUGUGCGAUGGUCUCCGAUGAUUCCGUCGGCAAUCGCCGAGACUCCCUGGAGGCCGUCAAAUCAAAGGUCCCACAUAUCGAGGAGGUGCCGGGGCAGGAGAGCAACGUGGAGCUACAGUCAGGAUCAGGGCUUGGCCUGGAGCGGGAGCGAGGAGGACCUGGGAUGGAGCUGGAGGGAAAGCCUGGAUUAGAGGUGGAGCAAAAACCUGAGCUGGAGGUGGAGCAAAGAACGAGGAUGGACCUUGAGAAAAAAUCUGAGGUGGAGUUAGAGACAAAAUCUCGGAUGAAAGUUGGGCAAAUACCUGGGAUGGAGUUGCUGCAAAAACCGGUAUUGGAUCUGAAGCAAAAACAUGAGAUGGAGGUGGAGCAAAUACCUCAAGCAGAGUUGGAGAAAAAAUAUGGGAGAAGGUUGGAGAAGGAACCUGGAAUGGAGCUGGACCAAAGACCCGAGAUGGAGCUGGGUCGAGGAGGACUGGACCUUGAGCUGGAGCGAGGAAACCCUGGGCUGGAGCCAAACUCUAACAACCUCCACCCCGCGGCGCUAAUCCCAGCGGUCACCGGCUCGUGGGAAAUCGCGGAGCUCAGGGAGCUCGUGUUCGGGCCGCAGUACCUGAACCAGGAGCCGAGCCCAGAUGCGAACCGCAAUCCGAGCCCACUCCCGAUCUCCCGUGGCGGCACCACCACCACCACCGGGGCCCUCCCCGCGCGGCGCCCUCCGGCCGUGCCCGUCGCGCGCUGGGGGCCGGCGGUGCCCGGCCGGGUCGAGUGCGACGCGGCGGCGAUGGGCGAGGGGAUGAGACGCAGGGCCCACCGCGCCGUCGUCGUCGAGGGGAUGUGCCCGCCGUUCGGGGUGGGCGCCGCGUGCGUCGUCAAGGUGCACAGCGCCCUGGGGGAGGGCGGCCAGCCUGGCCCGCAGCUGGUGGAGAGCAACCGCAGGUUGGCGGUGCAGGAGUGCUGGGUGCAGGGAGCCGCGCGUCAGCUGUGCCGACGCUUCGCCUCAGAGGCUUCGGCGCUGCCCGGGUUCGGCUCCACUCCCGAGGUCAUCCCGCUGUACCUGCUGACGCGUCCCGGCCGCCCCGCCGCGCACGCCACUGUGGAGGUGCAGCUGCCGGGCCGCUUCGCGAAGUACUCCCCGCGCGACGGGAGGGAGCUCAGCGCCGGCGCUGCGGGCGGGACCCCGAGCGAGGCCGGCAUGAAGUGCGUCGCCUUCCAGCACUGGGUGUUCGUGCGCUCCGGUGGCCGCCUCCUCGUCACCGACCUGCAGGGAGUGGGUCUGCAUCUCACAGACGUCGGGAUCGCCACCAGAGAUAAGGAGUUCCAGGGCGUCCGUGGGAACUUCCCUUCGUCGGCGCUCGCCCAGUUCGUCGCGCUGCACGAGUGCAGCCCCCACUGCGCCCUGCUGGGCCUGGGGCCCCUGCGCCGCGCCUCCAGGGCGCCCCCCCUCCGCACGCCGCCGGCGGCCAGGCUCGCCGCGGCCGGGACCCGCGCCAAGGGACGCGGGGCCAGGUUCUGGCCCCUGCCCCUCAAGGUCACCACCCUCCGACGGAUGAGCGAGCCGUGACCCGCGGCUUCUCCCGCUCCGCUGGUUCCCAGAUCCCAACACU